GGGCGCGUUCUGUCCGCCAUGUUAGGAUUGUCGGGGCGCCUGACAGGGCUUCGCUUGCCUCCGCAGGAGCGCGGCAUGGAGCCGCAGGUGAACCUCCGCGUCACCUGCCGUGGGGAGACCCAGAGUUUCCUGGUGUCAGACUCGGCGCACACGACGUGGGCGGAUGUGGAGGCCAUGGUUAAAGUUUCGUUUGACCUGGACAACAUUCAGAUCAAAUACAUUGAUGAGGAUAAUGAUGAGGUCUCUGUGAAUAGCAAAGAGGAAUAUGAAGAAGCUCUGAAGAUUGCAGUUAAACAACGAAAUCAACUUCAGAUGAAUGUGUAUGAAGAAAACUCUUCCCUGAAAGAAACUUCAUAUUCUUGUUCUUUGCAACUACAUGAAAAAACUGUGACAGAAAAGUUGGCACCUCUUAAAGACGAGAAGAAAAUUCUUUCGCAGUGUUCCAUGCCAGCUCAGGGCUUAGAGGAAGUCUUAAAAAAUGAAAAGGAGCUGACAAUUCAGCAAAAGUUAAAUCACACUAGAACAGGAAGAGCAAAUGAAAAUCCUCCAGGAUGGUUUACUAGCUACUUGGAAACAUUCAGGGAACAAGUAGUUAAGGAAACUGUUGAGAAACUGGAACAGAAGCUAUAUGAGAAGCUUGUUCAUCACAACCAGCCUCCAGAUUUUUCUGAGAGCUCUAUUACAGCAGCACCUCCAACUUCAGAGACCCAAUCAGGGAAUGGCAACCAGUGUGACUGGCUGAUCUCCUGCUGCAACUGCCAGGCCCGAAUUGUUGGAGUUCGCUACCAGUGCAGCCUUUGUCCAGCCUACAAUAUCUGUGAACAGUGUGAAGCAGGAACAUAUGCACAUGAUCCUAAUCAUGUCUUGUUAAAGCUGCGAAGACCAGUACUAUGUAUUGCUGAGAAUCACAGCCUUGCAGAGUUUUCACCUCGCCUGCCUGCUACUCUGGAGCAAGUUAGGCUCCAGAAACAGAUGGACAAAAGAUUUCUGAAGGCAGAAAAGCAAAGAUUACGAGCAGAGAAGAAACAGCGAAAGGCAGAGGUCCGAGAGCUCAAAAAGCAGCUAAAAUUGCACAGGAAAAUUCAUCUAUGGAACUCUGUCCAUGUAUUGGAAACUAGUGGCUCACCUACUCUGAAAUCUGAGAGUCUCCAACCUAAUACCUUCCUGAGUCCUAGUCAACCCUUCCAAGCAGUUGUCCCAACACUAAGUGCAGUAUUUGUGGAUGAGAAUUUGCCAGAUGGGACUCACUUGCAACCAGGAACAAAGUUUAUCAAACACUGGCGAAUGAAAAAUACUGGCAAUGUGGAAUGGAGCUCCGACACAAAGCUGAAACUUAUGUGGGGAAAUCUGACCUUGGCAUCUUCUGAAAAAAAAGAUGUGCUAGUGCCAUCCCUUCCAUCGGGACAAGUAGGAACUGUUUCAGUUGAGUUUGUAGCUCCUAAUAUAGAAGGAACUUACACCUCUCACUGGAGGCUGUCACACAGAGGGGAACAGUUUGGACCCAGGAUCUGGUGCAGCAUUGUUGUGGAUCCCUCCCCAGCUACUGACUAUCUAGAAAGCAAUUGGAAGGAUUCUGACUCCUGUCAGAAGGAUAAAGCUUCCAGCACCAAACAGGAUGCUUCCUUAAAGACAGAAGCAGGUGCUCAACUGAUGGGUGAAAUCAUGGAGCAGGCCGAAAUACCUCUGCCAACUAUUCCGUUAAAGAUCAAAAAUCUGCCAAGUGAGAGAGAAUUUUAUAUCCCAUCUGUUGAUCUCCUCACUGCACAGGAUUUGCUGUCCUUUGAGCUGUUGGACAUAAAUAUUGUGCAGGAAUUGGAGCGAGUGCCGCACAAUACUCCUGUUGACAUGACUCCAUGCAUGUCCCCUUUGCCACAUGAUAGCCCCUUGCUGGAGAAGCCUGGCUUAGGUCAGAUAGAGGAGGAGAAUGAGGGGAGUGGAUUUAAACCAGUGCCUGGAAUGGCGGAAGCCUGCUUUCCUGCAGAUACUUGCGUAGUGAAAGUGAAAGCUGAACAUCCAUUGAACCAGGAGGAAGGGGAAGAAGAUAUGAGUGGGACUCAGUUUGUCUGUGAAACUGUAAUUCGCUCUCUAACCCUGGAUGCCGCACCUGACCAUAAGCCCCCACAAAAAAAGAAAAUCCUCCAGAAUUCUUUACAAACAUCGCAAGACACCUUCAGUUGCAAUGUGAUAAAUGAAGAAUCUCCUAGGAUAAAAACUAAUUCCACUUCUAAAAAGGAAGCAAAGAUUCAUCAGUCAGAGGGAAUGACAGAAAAUGACUGUGGGGACCUUCCACUGUCUGAUGAGAGAGCAAGCCCCUGUAGUGAUACUGGCAAUUCUGAUGAAGAGGAAGAUGAUGUUCAAAGUCAAGGCUCCUCUGCUUCAUCAGAGGAUUAUAUCAUUAUUCUCCCUGAGUGCUUUGACACCAGUCGUCCUUUAGGGGAGUCUAUGUAUAGUUCUGCUCUUUCUCAGCCCAGUUUGGAAAAGACAGGAGAACCUGAAACAGGAGCAGAGAGUCCAGAAGGGGGCAGCCAGCCGCAGAUCCACAGUGUCAGUGAUAUUUUGACAACUUCACAAACACUGGCUGUAGUACCACUAACCCCAGAGAUUGCGGACACCUUACCCCAGACACAAAGGAAUCUUGCAUCUCUUCAGAAUCAUAUCUUCCAAGAACCAAACAUAUCUGCUUCAGAGAAUCUCUCUUCCGCUUCUCAUAAUCAAAUAAGAGAAGAACCCAGUGGUGAAGACAGUCAUGGACCAGGAUCUUCUGGAUUUCUAACUAGUAAACAAAAGUGCUCAGAAUACCCAAGAUACCCUCAAGGAGGCAGCAUUGCAGGAGAACUAGUUAAAGGAGCUUUGUCAGUUGCUGCUUCUGCCUACAAAGCAUUAUUUGCUGGGCCACCCGUUAUAGAACAGCAGCCUGCAGCUACAGAAGAGCACACUGCCACUCUUCUAUCCAGUCUGUGUGAGAUGGGAUUCUGUGACAGGCAGUUAAACCUGCGACUGCUGAAGAAACACAACAAUAAUAUGGUUCAAGUGGUAACUGAAUUGCUUCAGAUCAGUAACGGUGACUGGUACAGCAGUAGAUGCUGAACCUUCAUGGUGGAGGGAGGAAUCGUUUUCAUUGCAUAAACUGUCAUUAAACACUGCAACAGUAGCAGGUGACUCCUCACCUGCUUUCUCUUUGGAGGUGUGACUAAAACUUUGGCUUUCUUCUGAGCUUUUGACUUUUUUUGUCAUAGAAAUGUCACAGUGCUUGUCACAGCAUCUUAUGAAUUGGAGACCAGAAUUUCAACUGUUACUUGGACCUCAUAGUUAAAUGAGUAAUCUUAAAGUCUCUAAUUUCAUACUG